AGCUUACUGGCCUACAACCCACUGGAGACCACUCUCGACGAUGUACCAUGGCCUUCACUGCUCAAAAACACAAAGAUUCAACGUCUUAGCUUUGCACAGCACCUGCAAGCCCAUACCAGGUUCUCGACGGUCAUACACGCCGGCACAUUUCUACCAGAAUAAGCAGCUGGAGCUUUACGCUGCUCGAAAAGCUCAGAGAUUGAGUUUGCGACAGUUGGUAUUCUACGGAAGAUCAAUGAACGAAGAACGACUGAUCAAGAGCGCAAACUAUGUACGGAAAGAGCUCCCUGUGAGGAUAGCACAUCGAAUACGGGACUUGCAAGCUCUACCGUAUGUCGUGGUCAUGCAGGAAGGCGUGGCCAGGGUGUAUGAGCUAUAUUGGACUGCUUUUGAGAAGUUCCGUCGCUUCCCACAAAUAGACACCCUAGCAGAAAACGAGGCCUUCUGCAUAUUCCUACGCGAACUCUUAAACGAACACGCCUCUGUCAUCCCAAAUCUUUCUCUCGGUCUCGCGCUUUCCUCACCAUACCUCCCACCCGACCAACUUGAUGCGUUUAUGCGCCGUAUGUUAGUCUCGCGAAUAUCUCGGCGCGUACUCGUCGAACACCACGUCGCUUUAUCGAAGUCGUUCGCGGGACAGGGCUCUGAUACAGACGGGGAGGGUCAUGUUGGGCUUAUCUAUACGAGACUAAAUGUGGAGAAGAGCGUGAAGAAAUGCGCAGACUUGUUGAGAGGGCUUCCAAGGGUUUUCGACAACGAACACGGCAAUGUGUGGCCGGGGGUCGUCGUGGAUGGACAUUUAGGUACGAAGUUCGCGUAUAUAAAGGAACAUCUCGAAUAUAUCGUUUUUGAGCUCUUGAAAAAUUCUAUGCAGGCCACUGUAGCGCACCAUCCCGGCACUUCUUCACCGCCCUCAAUACGGGUCACUAUAGUCGCAGGAGCAGAUGAAAUUUGUAUCCGAAUAUCUGACCAAGGUGGCGGACUUCUCACGCCCCAAAUCAAAAACCCACUGGACCUCUUCUCUUUCUCUUCCAUCCGGAAUGCUACCAGAAUAGAACAACAACGACUCGGAACACUGAGAAAAGCGAGCGCUCAGCCAGGUGGCGUCAAUGCUACAAUCAGUGAACAGGUCAAUCGGUGGCAACAGCAGCGGCAGCCUAUAUCCACUACUGUUCCAGAUACAUCGAAAAAUCAGAGUGACCCAGAGUUGGAAGCGGGUGUAGCACAUCAUCCGAAAUUGGGCAUCGGGCUACCUAUGUGUAAUAUCUUCGCGAGGUACUUCGGAGGAUCCUUAGAGCCAGUUUCUCUGGAUGGAUGGGGUACUGACGUGUAUCUGCGGUUGCCGAGACUGGGCACAAACCUGGAAGGUAUCGAAGUCUAACUACACUGCUUUAUUUGUCGAACCGCUGGAAUCCCUGCGAUCCGCAUGUUUCGGACACUGGACACUACUUUCGCCAUGCAUCGAGAAUCAGUAUCACCGUCCUAUGCUCUCCCAACUGUUUGCGUAUCGUGAGCUUCCAUUCCUCAGCGGAAUCUCAACCGUAGUACUGUAAGUGGAAACGAUGGGAUGUAUAUGUCUUGAUUGUAUCUUUAAUGCACUUGUCCACGGUC